GCUGCCAUGUUGAUGUGUGUAUCAGUAGUUCAUUUUAUUACUCGAUGCCAUGUUCUUUGCUAUUUGUAUUUCAGUAGAGAAGAUAGUUUUGGAGAAUAUGGUUUUAUUUAUGUAUUUUUCUGAAAAUGGUUUGAUAAGUAAUAUUUCACAUGAGUGAUCAACAUGUGUACAGGGAACUCAGGAAUGUUAGGUUACAACCUAUUAUUUUCUUAAUAUUUUCUUAAAUGUGUAAACUAGCAGUAUGUCUCUAUGUAAAUGGAAAUCAUGUUCUUUCUUACAUUUCAAUAUGUCAUAAAUCAUUUGUCAUUUUACACCUUCUGUCUUAAAAUUAUCAAGUGAUUUCUUUGAAGAACUGAUAUUCUAUCUCUUCUAUUAAUCUAAAUUGGUAACAUGUCUCUCUCUUUUUUUUAAUGCUUGCCUUGUCAGAGAAGCAGAAGCAAAAUUUCUUAAUUACAAAAAUAUAUAUUAAUUCCCUGAGUUGCCGUUUUUUUUCUCUUUAUGUUAUUUUGACCUAGGUCUGUCUUUGUUGUAUUAAACUGUUAGGACUGUCUGAUCCUUGUAAAUAGAGGUUAGAACCUAAAAAACAAAGAAAAUACUGAUGUUUACUUAAUACCAAUACCUGUGUGUGGAAAACCCAAACCUUAAGACACACACACACACCCCUCUUGAAAAGAGAAACACCUAUUUAUAAUAGGUAUAAUACAUUGUUUCAAGUCCUUCAAUUUCUUUACCCAUAAUAUAGGAAUAAUAGUUCUUAAUCUUAGUUUUUCUUUAGUCCUUAAGGUUAUCAUACUAUUUGGUAGUACUUUUUGAAGAUUUUCACAUAUUGAAGGUUUUCAACAAGUGAUUUUUUUCUUAGAAGUGUGAAGAAUGUUUUAUCGGUUGCUUCUUAAAUUAACUUGAAUUUUCUUGGCCAGAACAUUUAUCUGUAAAAGUUAGUCAUUCACUUUUAACUUUUGGCUGCUGAUCUUUUAUGAUUCAAUGAAUUAUUUUUACUUUAAAGGUUAAAUCUGUUGUAGAAGUGCCAAUUGGUAUGAUAGAAAUGUUAAAUAAAACAGUACUGCUUAAAAUUAUAUUUGAUUUACUUUUACUUGUUUAAAAGAAUGAAUGCCUCCUAAGGAAAAAAUCUCAUGCCUUUGGGUAUAUAUUAAUAGAAGCAAACAAUAGAAUUCUUAAUGUCCCUACUUUUAUCGAGUUUAAAAAGGAAGAUGGAAGCAGUAUUUUUGUUGAGUCGUUAAAGGAACAAAAUAGUGUGUUAUUACCAAUUCAGAAAGUAGACACCUGAGGAUAUGUAAUCCGAUCUCUAGACUUUUCCCAAUGGUGUUAGUAACAGUCAUGUCUGGAGCUCCAUGGCUCAGUUUGUGUAAGCAUAGUCAAAAGCAAACCGCCCCCCUCCAGUCUCCUGCCCUGAAUGUUUUUAUUUCCUGUGAAGUAAAUAAAAGAAAAAAAAUUUUAAUGAACUGUUUUGUUAAGAUUAAUUUGCUAAGCACUUAUAAAAGUUAGGUUGACCUAGAGUAUGACAUCCCUUCUUUGCUUCCCAUUGAAAUCAAGUUUGCUUGAACUUCAUUCACAUGGUAAGUUAGGUUCAAGAAGUGAGGAUCUUUACCUCAUGCCAGAUAACCCCAGACCCCUGGGGGCUGUCCGCCAUUCGUUCACGCUGUGCCCUUCUCCUCUCUCGCUCCUGUCAUUGCGGUGUCAUGAAAGACAGUUUUUUCUCCUCCUUCAUGACUCGUUGCUUCCCCAUUCCCAUCUGACCUGCUGUGAGUGGGUGACUUAGCUAUUCAGGCGUGUUGGAGAAUUGCUGGUUGGAGUUCAAGUGGGGCUGAGAGCAUUGCGAACGCAUCUAGAGAGAAGGGCUUUGUACCCAGUGAGGGCUCAGUAAGGGUAAGUGAAGCCGACUGUGAAUUUAUAAUUGGGUGAGUGGAAUCUCUAAUUAGCAUAGGCCUCCCCUGCUGCUGCCAUCAGUUCAGAGACAGUUAUUUUAGUUCACCAAACAUUUCUGGAUUGCCCAUUAUACGCUAGGCACUGGGGGUGCAGGAUGAAUAAGAGGCAGCCCUUUUCACUUUUGUGGAAGAUAGACACUUCUGCUCUGACACCAGUAAAACCAAGAAAGAAAAACUGCUCGUGGUGUUGGGGUCCCUGGGAGAUACCGUGUGCUACCACAAAAGCGGAGUGAGCUCGGACCAACCAGAGGUCGUGGUGGUGCACCACCGAAUGGCCUUUGUCAGCGUUUCACUGUUUGCAGUCCGGUUGCUGCAGAUGCUUCUCCCUGUUGAAAAGGCAGGCCAACUUUUACCGGAACCUAUGUCAGCAGCAUUAUUUCUAGUUUCUUUGGACAUGCCUAUUUCUUUGGAAUAUCCAAAUAUUCAUGAAGCUGUUGUGGCAUAUUUGGAACAGCUGAAUUCUGAAAACUACAGUAUUUAUAAACGAACUGCAGAGGCUGUUUAUUCAAUUGAAUGUUCCUGUAACUUCCUGUCUGAUGUUGGGAAGGAGGGAGAGAGGAAUCUCUUAGAAUUAGUGGAGCUGGCAGACCAAGCCUUGGGAAGCUUUUCCUAUCAUCAGCAUUUCCCCCUAAUAAAGGAAAUCAUCUGCCUGUGUUCAAAGAUUUGGAAAUCUGCACAGGCCAGUCCAUUACUUCAAGGAGAAAGUCAGAAGGUGUUUCUACGCAUGUUAUCUCACCCAUUACUGCAAGUGAAAGUGGAAACUUACAGUUGCUGUCUGGAAAUUAUUAAGGAAUGUUUAGGUGUCCAUAAUGUCACUAAACCUGUGUCUUCACUUUGUAAUGGAAUUCAUUUUCUACUUCACCCGAAAGUUUUGUAUGAAAUUUCUGCAUUUGGCAUUCAAGAGCCCAAAAAUGAGGUGAACGCUGCCGCCAGGGCCAUCCUGCUGUAUCUGCUGCAGGGACGACUGAUGAUGACAGCGGUGACCUGGAACAAGUUCAUUGAGUCUCUCUGCCCUGUCAUUCCAGUGCUGCAGGGCUAUGCUGACACAGAAGAUCCUUUGGGUAACUCCAUUCUCCUCCUGAGCAAAGGGAGUCCUGAGGCGGGCGAAGGGGCUCUCCCCUGUACCACCCGACUGAAGUCCCUGCUGCGGCUCCUGCUUGUCAGAAAGCCCUCGGUCCGCUCACUAGCAUUAAAGCUUUUAGCGUGUCAUCUCACAAGGGAAGAAGGGGCUGACACAAAGCGGCCUUCAAUAGAUGCCAGAGUUCUCUCCAGAGUUACUAAUUUAUUUAUCGUGAAAAAGCCUGUUGAACUCAAAUUGGAUGACAGAAGAGAACUGGUUAUUAAGUUGGAGACUGUUGAAAAGGUAUAUGAAAUCUUUACCUCAGAUGAUAUCGAUCUUGUUUUGAGAAAGUCAGCCGCAGAACAGUUAGCUGUGAUUAUGCAAGAUAUUAAAAUGCAUGCUGUGGUGAAAAAGUUACACUUAGUUGACAAGAUAAUUGAGUAUUUAAAUGAAUGUGUAGGUCAGGAUGGUGAGGUCAUAGAAUGUUUAAUUCAGCCAUGCCUCACGCUCUUGAGGAAAGUUCUUUGUGCCGACCCAGUCAUGCGCAUGGCCCUCUCCCAGCAGUCUUCUCUUUUGAUCCUGCUAUUCAGAGUUUCGUUGAUAUUUCGUGAAAAUUGUGCUGUUGUGACUGAAGUUGGAGCAUUAUUUUGUCUUCUGUUAUUUGACGAAGUAUCAAGAAUGGAUAUGUGGUCUAUUAAUCCUUCCACUAAACCUUCACCAUCGGUCUUCAGUUUGCCUGUCUCAGUUUUUAGAAGGUAUCAUCUGCCAGUGCGUGUAGUUGGCCACCACGCUGUGAGUCCUUACUCCAUGGUUGUGCCAUUAUCUGCUGAUUGUUUGGCCUUGAAGCCAGUCUCAGACAUGCUGAGAAUAGCUUGGAACUUGUCUUGGUAUCAUGGGAGUGAUAAUUUGUUGAAGCAAACGAAUUCUGAACCUAAAAUCCAAGAAUUUUCAGAUGCAUUGAAGUUAUCCACAGAGGACACCCUUGCUCUGAAGGUGACACACACAGCUAGUGGACUGAAGGACUGUCUUCAUUCCAUUGUCGAGGCUGCAGUCCACAGAGAAGUGAGGGCUGCUGUCACGAGGAUGAGUUUUUAUCUUCUGAAUGACAGAUUGUCUUUGAAGAGUGGCGCUGGCCCAUGUGGGGUUACCUUGAAGUCCUUGUCUUGGCACACCGCACUGAACAGGUUUUUACAGGUGCUUCCUGCUUCCACUGAAGAUGAGAAACUGCUAAUAGAUAUCAUACAUUUUUUAAAUAAGUUAUUGAAGGAACAAAGAAAAAACUCAUCAGUAGAACUUCUAAACUGGCUUCUAGAAUUACUUCUUAGACAUAGUCCAAACCCACUAUUAGACCUGCUGGUUCUGACGGAGUCACAGGCACGAGAGGAAACGGAUGACAUCCGGACUGCUGUCAGGCAACAGCUCCAGAAAGAACUGAUUGCUCUUUUCAAUACACUGCUGCUCAGUUUCAUUGCAGUUACCGACAGGAAGUGCUUGGAGCUUUUUUAUGUCUUCCAAACGCAGCUGGCUCUGAAACUGCUCCAGUGUCUGAGAGUCACAGACGCUCCUCACUUCUAUGGCCUGCCAUCCCUCGAGAGGACCUUACGAGGGAUGGCCCAUCUCACGGCAUCUCCGGGAUGGAGCUCCCAUUCUCCUCUCACAAAGCCAUUUGAAAUUUGUGUUAAGUACUUAUCAGGCCUCCUUGAAGUCAUUACUUCUUUUUAUGUGGAGCGUGGUGGAAAUGCUAUGUCCUUUAUGGGAAAAGGUGUCACAAAGAGCACAAUUCUUUGUUUGCUUCACUUAUCUCAUGAGAUGAUGGCCCAGGCCCAGAACUUGGAGUGGAUGUCACUUUGGUUCUUGCCUUUGGGUAGUCACAGUGAAGAGCAUAGUCCUACUCAACAAGGAUUGGCUUGGUUGAUACCAUUAUGGGUUGAUCGAGACCCAGAGGUGAGGUUCACUUCGCUGGGAUUAGGAUCAGCACUGACCACCCUUGAAACUGGCUGUAUGGCUUUGGCAAACAGUUGUCAAAACAUUUCUGGUGGGCUCUGGGGAACGGUGGUGAACAUUCUUCUGGAUCAGUCGGAGUGUAGUAUGGUGCGCCGGGAGGCUGCAUUUAUUCUUCAGAAUCUCCUUGUAAUUCCAAUGCCUUCAGUAAUUUUAAAGGAUUACACUUGGCAGGGCCCCUGUGUCCAUGAUGAGGAUUCUGGCCUGUCACUAACAGGAAAACCUGCCCUUCAGGCUCUUUUAUAUCACUGCCAUUUUUAUGAACAUUUGAAUCAGAUGGUAAAACACUGUUACCUGGGACGGUAUACAUUUGAUUUGAAUUUUUCUGCUCUUGAUCGAACUUCAGAAGGCAGCGAUUUAAAUGGUUUAGAUGACUCAUUGAAGUUUUGGAGGGCUCCAUCUAGGAUGUCCAAUCAAGAUCAAGAUUCAAGUUCUCUCUCCACCUUGGAAACAAUGGUGGCACCUUCGCCGGGUAGUGCUGAAUUUCCGCCGCUUGGACCCUCAGCAGUGUCUCUCCCUGAAGCCUCACAUGACCAGUUUGUGGCUCAAGUAAUGGGUCAGCCUGAAACUGUAUCAGCACAGCUUCCUCGUGGCACACCCCUUCCCGCCGCUCUGCCCAGGCAGUGUGUGGUCACCCCACCUCUCCUUUCAGCCGUGUGCGGCCUGCUGGAUGGGCUCUUGGCGAUCGCUCCGGGAGACGGGGCCUGUGCUUUCCGGCAAGCCCGGCUCAUUGAGCUUCUCUGUAGGAUUGCAGAUGCCACCCUCCUAGAGAGCUGUGUCCAGGAGCUCAAGGCUCCGCUGCCUUUGUCACCCCCAACUGAACACACUCAGGCUCAGAAAAGUUCUGGAACCUCUACUCUGCCAGACUGUGUGCUAGAUGCCAGUGUCAGAUGUGAACAGAGCAGACACACUGCCCACGUAUCCUUUCUCCUAGAAUACCUGUCCUCUUUGUCCAGGCUUCUACAGUCGUGUUUGCUGGUAGAUCCCGACCUUGUGAUUCAGGAUGAGCUUCUGAAACCUCUUAUCACAAACAUCAUUGGGGUCCUCACCAUAUGCACCAAAGAUGUGUUAGAUGUAGAGUUGAUAUCGGCUUUUUAUCACACAUGGACACAUUUAUUUAACCUUCUGGCUACAUUCCUGAGGAAGGCUGCUGUUGCCUCCCUCCCGUCUAUUACGGUGGGUCUGGCCAAGCACUGGACGGCAGUGAUCGAUAUGUUGUGCACAUGUGUGGGUUUGUCUACCACGUGCCCUACGUUAUCUACUGCCAGCCUGCAGUUCCUAUCUGUUCUCUUGACGGAGGAAGCAAAAAGGCAUCUCCAAGAUAAGGAUAAGGCAAACGAAUGCCAGGGUCCAUCAGUGGCUUCACUUCUUGAUAAAACUCAGGAAAAUCAGAAAUCUCUAGAACGACUUAAUGAAGUAAUUCUUCAGUGCUAUGAAGGGAAAUCUUCCAAGGAUGUCCUGAAAAGAGUUGCUGCAAAUGCACUGAUGUCACUUUUGGCUGUCAGUAGAAGAGCUCAGAAACAUGCUUUGAAAGCUGAUCUAAUAGACAGCUGCAUGGAGCAGAUGAAACACAUUAAUGCACAACUGAACCUAGAUUCUCUCCGGCCUGGGAAGGCAGCCCUAAAGAAACAGGAGGACGGUUUUAUUAAAGAGUUAAGCAUUUCUAUGCAGCUUCUAAGAAACUGUCUUUAUCAAAAUGAAGAAUGUAAAGAAGCAGCUCUGGAAGCCCAUCUCGUUCCAGUCUUACACUCUCUCUGGCCUUGGCUCUUGAUGGAUGAUUCAUUGAUGCAAAUUGCCCUGCAGCUACUUUGUGUCUAUACUGCAAAUUUUCCAAAUGGUUGCAGUUCUCUUUGUUGGUCAAGUUAUGGACUACAUCCGGUUCAACCUGCGUAUAGAGGAGCCCCUGGCGCAUCUCUGAUGGGGUGUAUCCUGAAGUUGGCUUCCCAGAUGCCUCUUGAGAACACUGCAGUUCAGCAGAUGGUUUUUAUGUUUCUUUCAAAUCUGGCUUUAUCUCAUGACUGUAAAGGAGUAAUUCAGAAAAGUAACUUCUUACAGAACUUUCUAUCUCUAACAUUGCCGAAAGGAGGAAAUAAGCAUCUCAGUAAUCUGACCAUUCUUUGGUUGAAAUUACUCCUGAAUAUAUCAUUUGGAGAAGACGGGCAACAAAUGAUCCUGAGGCUGGACGGCUGUUUAGACUUACUUACAGAGAUGAGCAAAUAUAAGCACAAGAGCAGCCCUUCCAUACCACUUCUUAUCUUUCAUAAUAUUUGCUUCAGUCCUGCCAAUAAGCCCAAGAUCCUGGCUAAUGAAAAAGUCAUUAGUGUGCUAGCUGCCUGUCUGGAAAGCGAGAAUCAAAAUGCUCAGAGGAUUGGAGCAGCUGCGCUUUGGGCUCUGAUUCACAAUUAUCAAAAGGCAAAAACAACUUUGAAAAAUCCAUCAAUAAAGAGAAGAGUGGAUGAAGCAUAUUCCUUAGCAAAGAAAACUUUCUCAAACUCAGAAGAAACCCCUCUGAAUGCUUAUUACUUGAAAUGUCUUGAAAACCUCGUUCAGCUUCUUAACUCUUCCUGAGUGAUGUGAGAGUCUCCUGCCUGGGACUGAUGGCCGCCAGACAGGUGAGCCAACUUAGAAGCAAGCUCUGUGUAGCCACUGUUACCUGGAGACAUGCUAAAUCCCUGCAGGGUGCUGUGCCCUUCCCGCCCGACGAGAAACAGACGGGGACAUCUCAGCUCUGUCGCUUCGUACCAGCUCUCUGAGUAAGAGCAGCUGAUAAGAAGAUGAUGGACAAAGGACAUGGAAAGUUUUGGAAACAUAAACAUUUUUACCUUUUUCUAUGCAAUUUGCUUUGUAAAAUCUUAUUUAACAGUUAUUUAAUAAAAUAUUUUUAGAAACAAAA